CUGUUUGGAUUUUGGCAAGAAGAAGAGACGAAAGGCCGAUUCCAAGUGCAUUACAAAGACCGUCAGCUUAUAGGAAUCUAUUGCGAAAAUAAUGGCGAAGAGGUUUGCAAAGGCUGCUCGUUAAACAGAAUUGAAGGCUUUGGCAGUGAUCAGUGGACGCGAGUUGCAUUUUUUCAAGCUUAUGGCGGUAUCUCGUUAGUCGCUGACAAAGAAAUUUGCGUUCUUGACGAAUUGGGCAUUCACAAUAAUCUCUCAAUUGCUGAAAUUUACUCAAUCCCCGUGCUUGCCACCGGUAGCGCAGUUUUUCUUGGAGGCACCUUCUACGAGAAAAAGAAGUCCGGUUUGUAUUUGCCGAGUUUCGAGCACAAAUACUUUGAGAAUACUCGGGAAAAAGUACCAUCUUUGAGGGGGUGUCUAAAGGACGUUUUCGUUGAUGGAAAGUCGGUAGAUCUCUCACUGGUGCAUAGCAAGCAGAUGGAGCAAACACUAAUUGAUUCCGACGAUGACAGCGCCUACGCUAUGCAGGUCGGAUGUGUUGACUGCUCGCCAAGAUGUCCAGUUGGAGUACGAUGUCGUCCAAAAGAGCCU